AUGACAAAAGAUCCACAGCAACAAAUUCCUCAAGAUGAAUCUUCCUCAGCUACCGCAGCUGUACCUUCUGACUCUACGAAUCCUACCUCAUCUCAAUCUUCUACUCUAACACAUCGACCUCGGACGAAAUCCGAUUUUGAUAAGCUACUUCUCGAGCAAUACCUUCAUCACACUUUAGUCCAUUCUAGCGCCAUUGUCGAUGGUCAAGAUAAACGGCGAGCCUAUUUUACCAACAAACACCAGGAAGCGCAAGAUUACGAACUGGUGAAAAGUCUCAAAGAUGUCUUUACAGCGAGUCGAUUAUAUGGAACAGGUUAUGAUGGAUAUGGAAAUGGAGUCACAGAUGGUCCAACGAGGAUAUUGUAUGCGCAUGCGAAGUUUGCGAAGAGGAAAGCGAAGCCAUUACGAAUCAAGCGGAAAGACAUGGCUAUGCAGGCAGAUCAAGUGGAAGAAUUGGUCCCCAUAAGGUUGGAUGUGGAUUGGGAUAAGGUCAAACUUCGAGAUACUUUUACCUGGAAUCUACAUGAUCGAACUGUUACCACGGAGUUGUUUGCGAAACAACUUAUAGCGGAUCUAGGUUUGGUUACUCCAGUAGCGGAACCAGUACUACAACAAGUUCAACAACAAAUGAAUGAUCAAAUUGUCGACUUCAACCCACUGGUUUAUUUUCCAGAAGAUCCUUUGGACGAGAUGUUACCAUAUACAGCCUAUAAGAAUGACGAGUUGCGCAUUCUCAUCAAGCUCAACAUCACCAUUGGACCACACACAUUAGAAGAUAAAUUCGAAUGGGAUAUCAAUAAUCCUUUAAACUCACCAGAGGAGUUUGCGCAAAGUAUGACCAAAGAUUUAUCACUUUCUGGGGAAUUUACUACGGCAAUAGCACAUUGCAUACGUGAACAAAGUCAAUUGUUUAUACGGAGUUUGUAUGGUGUUGGACAUCCAUUCGACGGAAGGCCGGUAGAAGAUGCCGAUUUAGUUGCAGCAUUUUUACCUUCACCUCUACCUUCAGUAUUCCGGCCACAUCAACAAAUUAAGGAGUUUGCGCCGUAUCUGUAUGAGAUGACUGAAGCAGAUUUAGAGAAGCAUGAGUUGGUAUUUUCAAGAGAGCAACGAAGACAAAAGAGAUCUGUAAAUAGGAGAGGAGGACCAGUUUUACCGGAUUUGAAGGAUAGACAGAGAACGGUGAGAACUUUGGUUGUAUCUUCCGUAUUACCCGGAGCAGCAGCGACGGUUGAGGAAAGUCGAUUAUACAAACGAGUAGGGGUACCAUCAGGGAGAGGAAGACGUGCUGGUUUUGGUAGACAAGACGGUGCAGAUCUUUCAGAAUCAGAUGACAGUGAAGAUUCUUCUCCUGAAUCUCCCGCAGUACAAGUGACUCAAGGUACAGCAAGAACGAGAAAUAUGCGUGGAGCAGCUACAGCUGCACAACAAAGGAUGGCCAAUAUUGGAAGAUCAGAAACUCCAGAAGCUAUGCUAGCACAUCAUCAUGAAACCAGAACGUCAGCGAGGAAAUUUGGUCGUGAUGCUCGAGAGGAUAGUAUUGAUACUCCUACAUUGGUAAUCAGAUUAAAAAUGCCAAAAGAAAAAUUCAGGAAAUUAGUCAGAGAUUUAGGCAAAGGUCGUCCAAGUCAACAAACACCUUCUAUGACUCGAGCAACAUCAACAUUCGGUACACCUGCUCCACCAGGAUCUAUGGGACCACCUUCAACACCUGGAGUACAAGCAGCUCAACCAUUAGCAACAACUCCAGCACCAGUACCUACACCACAACCAGUAAAUGCUGUAGCAGUAGGUCAAAUUGGUAGAAUUGAUGCUCCAGCACCAAUCCCUGGUCAAGUUCUUCCACCUCCACCACCACCUCCAUCCUGGCUAGCCACAGGUCUAACAGCCCUUCACCAACAAUACCCCAAUGAUCGUUUUGAAGGCAUGAUGCGUUAUUCCGCCGUCUCCAUCUCAUCCGAAACUCCAGUUCCUGCUCCACCUCCAGGUACUACCCCUGAAGGUAUAAAAUGGAUGUACCUUCCUCGAAUCAGAUGCCAUGAUUGCCCUGGUAAAUUAUAUACACCAGGACCGGAUACCACGGUGGGAAAUUUUGAGGUUCAUUUAAAGAAUAAGGGGCAUAGGGAAAAAGUUAAUUUGAGGUUGGGUAAUUCUCAAGCGGGAUCGUCAACGGGAUAG